AAAGUCUGUUGGCAGAGAAAUCAGAGAACCGCACUUAUUUGAGUUGUGCUGAUCGAUCAGAACAGACGUCGAGAAAGUGUUGAAUUUGUCUGCUUUUUAGAGAAUUAGUAGAGAAAAAAUUGUAAGGAAAACAGAAGGUUGCAAACUUCUUGUAUUUUUUUUAAAUUAAACUUAAACGCGAAUGAAAUUAAAAAAAGAAAUAAGUUUAAAAAAAAUGUGCAACGUGUAUAGUGACAUGAAUUAAUUAGAUCGGUCAAUAAGUUCAAGAAGUGAAUCAAAACAUUUAUUUUUCUAUAAAAAGCGAAUAUUUAAGUUAUUGAAUUGAUUAAGUCGUGAUAAGACUAAAGGAAUUUUAAAGGAGCCAUGGCUGUCGAUCACGCUUUAGAGGAGCUAAUGUCAACAUUAGGAGACUUUGGGAGAUAUCAAGGCUUUCAAUUUUUUCUACAUAUUUUAUCAGCAGUGACAGCUGGCCUUCAUAUGCUGUCUCUUGUCACUAUUGCAGCAGUUCCAGAACAUCGUUGUUUUAUUGAUAACGUCGAUACAAACGAAACAAUUGCAUCAUGGAACUCUACGGAUAUACUCUCGAGAAUACCAUUAAAAGCAAAUGGUGAAUUAGAUUCAUGUCACAUGUAUACUGAAGGAACGAAUGAAACAAUUAAAUGCUCACGAUUUGUGUAUGACACAACGUACUAUCAAGAUACAAGAACUAUGCAAUGGAAUAUGGUCUGUGAUAAUCUUUAUUUGGGGGCAUUGGCACAAACUAUUUACAUGCUUGGUGUAUUUACUGGUGCUGUAACGUUAGGUUCAUUAGCUGAUAAGAUAGGAAGAAAGAAGGUUUUCUGUUGGUCAGCAACUCUGCAACUUUUUCUCGGCGUUGGUGUAGCAUUUGUACCAGAAUACUAUUCAUUCCUUGUUGUCCGUUAUUUAUAUGGCAUUUUUGGAUCAGCGGGUAGUUAUAUAGCUGGGUUUGUACUUACCAUAGAAAUUGUCGGUCCUUCAAAACGUACACCAUGUGGUGUAGCAUUUCAAGCAGCUUUUGCAUUUGGAAUAAUGCUUGUGGCAGGAUGGGCUGCUUUAAUCAAAGAUCGACAACUUUUACAAGUCGUCUAUGGCUUGCAUGCUCUUAUUCUUAUCGCACAUUGGUGGAUUAUGGAUGAAUCACCUCGAUGGCUGUGGACGCAAGGAAGACAUUCAGAAGCUAUUGAUAUUGUAGCAAAGGCAUCUAGAAUAAAUAAGAAUAGAAUUGGAAUUGACAAGCAGUAUUAUCUUUCGUACACAAAAGCACCAAGAAAUGGAAAUGUUGUAGAAACUCAAAAGUCUUUUGGAAUUUCUGAUCUUUUUAAGACGCCUAAUCUAAGAGUGAAGACUUUAAAUGUUUGUUUGUGCUGGUUUGCUAAUUCAAUAGGAUAUUAUGGAUUGUCACUGAGUUCUGGCAAACUUGGUGGAAAUCCUUUCUUUAACUUAUUUAUUAUGAGUCUUGUUGAAAUUCCAAGCUAUUUGGCUGUUAUUCUGCUCUUGGACAGACUAGGAAGAAGAUCAAUUACAUCAUCAUUUAUGGUCGUUGGAGGAACUGCGUGUAUCUUGGCUGUAUUUAUGGCACAAAAAUCAACGGAAUCAACAACAACUGUGUUUAUUGGGAAAUUGUUUAUUGCUGGUUCAUUUGCUGUAAUUUAUAACUAUUCAACAGAAUUAUUCCCAACAGUUGUGAGAUCAUCAUUAAUGGGUUUAGGUAGCAUGAUGGCGAGAUUGUCAGGAGCUUUAACUCCUUUAAUUAUCUUAUUUGAUUCUCUUAAUCCAAAAAUACCUGCAAUUAUAUUUGGUGCAGUUUCUGUCGUAUCUGGUUUAUGGGUCCUACUGUUGCCCGAAACAAAUGGACAGAAAAUGCCUGAAAGUCUUGAAGACGGUGAAAAUUUUGGAAAAGGAGAUACAUGCUUUACAACAUGCUUAGGAAGAAAACCAGCAGACGAAUAUGCAGUGCCGCCUGAUCAAGAUAUGGUACAAGAAAUGAGAGACAUAAAUCGAUAAUUGUUUUAAAUUGUUAAGAUUGCAACAGAAGUUUGCAAUUUUUUUCCAUCUCAUACUUAAUAACUUAAAAACUGUUUUUAUGGAUCAAAUGGAAAAGUUUUCCCCACAAUUCAUAGUUUUUUCGUCAAUAUGAUUUAGAAUGUCUAAAAUUGAGUUUUCAUCAAUUGCAAGC